AUGCGUUGGUCUUUGCUCUUCACCCUAAUAGUGUCCCUGUUCCUCCUGGGGACAUUGGCAGCGCCAGCUUCGGGCCCGGGACGACGCGAUCUGGAAGUCGCCAACCUCGAGGCUAGACAAGAAAAGGAAACGGACCCUACAACGACGGAGAAUACUGCCAGCGAGGCCACGACGGCAACUCAUACAGAUGCAUCAAAAACAGUAACCGAUGCGUCAACAGCUACCGAAGCUACAACCUCUGGCAGUACUACCUCGACCACUCAUGCUACGACGACCACUUCUGCCGCUUCCGCUACCUCGACUGUGCCCUCGCUCGAUGGAACAACUGCAUCUUCCCAGCAGCAAACGGCCGACUCCACUAGACCAACCUACUCCGGAGGCCUGCCAAUCAAACCGGUAAUCACGCCGGCAUGGGGUGUUGGGGGUUUUAUACUAAUUGCCCUCGGGGCAGUCCUGGCCUUCAUUGGCGUCCGCCAACAAUGGGUCCAAAUCAUGCUCUCAACCGGAUUCCUUAGCGCAUUGGGAGUUACCGUCCUCAUUAUCUACGUAAUGAGCCCACCGGUAAGCAACGCCGUGCAGGGCGGCUAUCUCGUCGCCGUCUUCUUCACCGGCGCUGUGUUCGGUGGUCUGUCGCUCGUCUUCAGGGAAAUCUGCGAGGGACUGGGCUGCCUUCUGGGCGGUUUCUGUCUGAGCAUGUGGUUCCUUGCCUUAAAAUCUGGCGGCCUUGUAACCGCAAGUGGCCCCAAGGCUGGUAUGAUUAUUGCCUUUGCUGUGGGAUUCUACUCCCUAUCGUUCAGCCACUAUACCCGGUCGUACGGCCUGAUCGGAUGCACUUCGUUCGCCGGUGCAACUGCCUUGGUCCUUGGAAUCGAUUGCUACAGCAGAGCUGGAUUGAAAGAGUUCUGGUUAUAUAUCUGGGGAUUGAACCAAAACGUCUUCCCUCUCCGAACGGACACCUACCCCGUGACACGUGGUAUUCGUGUUGAGCUCGCCGCGAAUAUCAUUAUUGCUGUUCUGGGGGUAAUUUCCCAGAUCAGACUUUGGAAUCUCAUCAAGGAGCGCAGAGCGAAGGAAGAAGCUUCCCGCCGGGAACACACCCGAAAGAUCGAAGAAGAAGAUGCCGAAGUUGGUCGUCGCCUCGAGGAAAAGAAUAUCCAAGAGCGUGCCGAAUGGGAACUCAUUUACGGAAACGGAAAGGCUGCCGAUAGCAAAACCACCUCAGUUUCGGAGACUGCUAUCGGUGACUCCAGACGGGGCUCGGAUGGGUUUCACUCCUCUGACAACGAUAAAGAGGGUGAAAUCGAGCUCAAGGAAAUGCUGAGCCCGGAUGCUUCUGGCAGUGCCUCUGACGGCGAGAAGAACCAGCAGGGUGCAAGCAAUACUCGCGAACUUGAGGCCGUCCCGGAGGAGGAUUCAUCCCAACAGAGUCAGUCAGCAGAUCAGGAAAAGGGUACCGAGAAUGAGGGUCAAUCUGAAGGAAAGACACCGAGACCUACUACACCUGUUAUUACCCAUAUUCUUGGCGAGGGCAAUGAUGACGCCUCUGAAAACGGUGCUGACAUCGGUUCGGAGGUUGGUACGCCUCGCUCUAAACGGUUCUCUGGCAGAGAAAUGUUGAACCGGCUCUCUUGGCGGAACAGCAAUAGUGUGAUGAAUGUUUCAGAGUCUCAGGAGAACCUGGUAACUCAUGACGAUGCCAGUUCUUCUGUACUGGGAGUUGUCGAUGAUCUCGAUGAGAUGAGCGUCGGUUGCCCGAGUGUUAUCUCGGAUGCUGAUGUUGCUGGUGGUGUUGAAAAGGUGCAGCGAGAAAUUAACGCUGAGCUAGCUUCGGAGAAGGACUCUGCAGAUGUGGAGAUCAAGUCAAAUGCCGGUUCACUAGCUGCCCAGGAUACUGGACUCCAUGUCGAUACAGCCACGACCCAAAAAGACGACGAGAAAAUGAUCACAGAAGAGACUGCUGUCAGCAAGUCUGUUCAGCAGGUAUAUCCUGUCGAGAGCACCGUUGGCAACAGUCCUCUGGAAAAUUCUGGCAUCUCCGAAGCGUCAGAGAAGCCCCAAUCGCCGGAAACGCCCGCAACAGAUGUUGAGGCUGACAUUCCAGAUGCUCCAAGGAAGACCGAGGAAGUCAAGCCCACAGCUACGUUGAUGCCGCCCCCUCUGAACGACAUAGAAGGAGAAAAUGUGGAGGAUGGUAAUGAAGAUCGACCUCCUACUGCUAAAACCACCAAAGCCGAGUCCAUUCUCGAGCCGGUUGUAUCUUUGCCCGAGCCCAAGGUUGAGCCAAAGAUCAAAGUGCUCAAGAAACUGGAUGCAUCAAACGUCAAAUGCAUUCCUGAGCAAACAUCACGAGUGAUCCAUUCGUACCGCACGAACGAAUGGGCCAAGCAUCUCGCCGAUGCGGACAUCCCUGAAAUGGAGCCAAUCGAGUUCGAACCUGAACCUGAAGUAGAAGACUCAGAGGAAUUUCACGAGACCGCAGCAUUUGUUGAUGUAGGCGGUCUUCUUCAGACACCUCUCACUGCACAACCACGACCAACCGUGAACAGGCCUGAAUUCGAUGACACGGACAAUCAACAACCUGCCUACAUCUCAUCGGUACCCUUGCCGAAUAUUCCCCGAUCCAAGACGCGGACAGGCGCGGAAGGUCUUACCAAAGCGAGUCCAAAUUUAACCCGGAACAACUCGACAGCUUCAGUCAACGUGCUACGCUCGGCUUCUGGCCCUAUUCCAGCUCAGGAACCGGGAAUGACGGCGAUGCGCAACACAUCGACUCCCAUGUUGACAAUCACUACUGCCAACGAGCCCAAAGAAGCAGAAUCAUCAUCACGCUGGAAUGGACCACCUCCCCUCCUCGCAGUCCGCGAGAAUAUGGUCCGAAACCGCAUGUCCUCAACAUCUAACCGCUUCGAUCCCUGGGCCGCACGCAACCUAUCCCGACAGUCCCUACCUGACAUGGCGCCCCUCGUCUCCCCAAUUUCACCACUCCCCAUCCCCGAAGAAAGGGAGAUGGAACAUGAACAAGUCCAAUUCAACGAGGACGACAUCCCACUUUCCAAGCGGCGCACCCUACUACAGCGCCAGACAGUGCAGUCCCCAUCCGCAUUAAGCCUUGCCAGCCUCGAGGCUGUCCAAUCCCCAACGUAUACCCCACCAGCUCUCGCCGGCGAGCUGAACCGGUCUGCUUCAAGAAUGGCAGCGUGGCGACAAUCUGUCCGUGAGGAAAUUACCCAAAAGCAAGAUCCUUUGACCCUCCAGUCCAGACCUCUCAGCCCGACCAGCCCCACUGACCGGCGCACUACAUGGAACUCUGUGCAGCAGAUGCGCGACGCCUCCUCUGCUCAGCUGGGCGAUGCCAUCGCAGACGGUAUGCAGCGUGGCAACAUGACGGAACUACAUCGGCAGGCAAUGCGUCCCAACCGCGCCCCCGUGGAGUCAACUCCGUCAUUCGUUCGCGCUCAGCGGCGACAGUGCGUCCCGAUCUCAGGCCCGCCGUCGCUCCUCCGCCCACCAGCAGUCCGACUCGCAAACCCAGUCAACCACGUCCCACGAAUAACCCCAAUAACCGUCCGCCCCCACCAAUCAGACGAUAGUCUCCCUCUAGGUUUCGGCCACUCACGCGACGCCCAUCCCCUUCUCAGCGUCCCAGAGCGACGCCGCAGCCGCCUAACCCCGUCCCCGAGCAGCCUACUUGUCGAGCGCAGCCAGGGGGAAACAGAAAGUGGCCGCACUAGCAUUGCUCUGCCUAGACGACACCGUCGCAGCGAAGAAUUCACAGAAAUGACAGCCGCGUUCGCGGGCAGCGCUGCGCGCGAAACGGAGAACUUGCGUCCCCCCGAAGCUGUUCACCUCACACAGAACGGAACUCGUCAGAACGACCGUCCCCGUCACGCUCAGUCACAAACUUCCCUCCACUCCCAGUCUCAGAUCGCUUCUGUCCCUUCGCAUACCGGUCAGCCGCACGCCGAUGUCGCCGAGGAGCUCGCUUGGGGCCCGGCUCACCCUUGUUUCCCGCAUAUAAAUCCCCAUGUGCCUAUCGGGUCGAGGGAACAUAUGACAACGCGUGUGAUUCGGAUCCGGCGCGAUUGGAUGAUUAAGGGUGAUUUGGCGCCGACGUUUUCGAAUCUUUAUCCUGAGAUUCUCGAUCCGUUGUUGUCGGAGCAGGAGUUUCGACGGGUGAUUUCUACCGUCAAUGAUGGCAUUGUCAAGGCAUUUGACCCGUUCAGUUUUCGCAAUUGGUUUGAUGGCGUAUUGGGUCUGUUGACUGGUUGGGUAUGGGAUGAUCUCAAUGCUCCCGCGACGAAAAGCCAGCUACAGCAUGUCGAGGCUUGGUUGGAGACUUGGAACCGUGAGGUCGGCGCCAAGGAUGGUGUUCAUAUCUGGAGCUUGAGGCGGACGGCGUAUAUGUCGCUUGAUAUCCAGAUUCCCGAUCCCAAGGUUGGCAUCGUACCCAGUGAGGCACCUUCGGCUCCUAAUACCAGGCCGAGUACUGGUAUUGGGGCUGGAUCUUGA